AUGUCCAUUGAUUGUGAACGCAUCCAGAACUGUACGACUUAUUUGUAUGUAAUGUGGUCAGCUCCUCUUCAGAUAAUCCUUUGUACUUACCUUCUUUGGCAAGAGGUUGGUGCUGCUACCCUAUCUGGUUUGGCUGUUAUGGUUCUUUUGAUUCCUAUUAAUAUCUUUACAACUGCAAAAACUCGUAAAUACCAGGUAAAGCAGAUGCUCUUUAAAGACAGUCGUCUUCGACUUAUUAACGAAGUACUUGGAGGCAUGAAAAUCUUAAAGCUGUAUGCUUGGGAAGGGUCCAUGGAGAAAAAAGUUUUGAAUAUCCGGGAUAAAGAAUUGUCAGUUCUUAGCAAAGCUGCAUAUCUUAAUGCUUUUUCUGCUUUCUGCUGGCAAUGUGCACCAUUUAUUGUGACUGUAGUUACGUUUGCCACUUACGUCUUGCUUAAAGAUGAUCAUUAUAUUGAUGCCGAGACAGCCUUUGUAUCUCUUUCUCUCUUUAAUAUCCUCAAACUACCUAUCAACAUGCUUCCAAUGGCAAUUCCAUUCCUUAUUCAAGCUCAUGUAGCUGUUACCCGAUUGACCAAAUAUUUGUCUGAAGAUGAACUUACCAAUUAUGUUAAUACUAAUUUCUCAUCUGAUAAUAUUGCAGUGAGGAUAAAGAAUGGUGAAUUUUCCUGGGGAAAAAAAUCGGCACCCAUUUUGAGAAACAUCAAUGUGGAUUUCCCUUUGAACAAGCUGAUUGCAAUUGUUGGUCAAGUUGGUGCUGGAAAGUCUUCUCUUGUUUCUGCCAUCCUUGGUGAAAUGGAAAAAAUCAGAGGAUCUGUAGAUAUUCAGGGUUCAGUUGCUUACGUUCCUCAAGAGGCAUGGAUUCAAAAUAAAACUCUAAAAGACAACAUUUUAUUUGGAAAAGCCUAUGAUAAGCAGCGUUAUGAAGAAGUACUUGAAGCUUGUGCUUUAAAAGCAGAUUUAGAGAUUUUACCAGGUGGAGAUCAAACAGAAAUUGGUGAAAAAGGUAUCAACUUGAGUGGUGGGCAAAAGCAGAGAAUUAGCCUUGCCCGAGCUGUCUAUGCAAAUAAAGAGGUUUAUAUAUUUGAUGAUCCUCUCAGUGCUGUUGAUGCCCAUGUUGGUAAACACAUAUUUGAUAAAGUGUUUGGAGAAAUGGGAAUGUUAAAAAACAAGACUCGUAUUUUAGUGACUCAUGGAGUUCAUUGGUUACCUAAAGUUGAUAAAAUUGUAGUUUUGCUAAAUGGUAUUGUGUCUGAAGUUGGCAGCUAUGAAGAGCUAAUCAGUCAUGAUGGUGCAUUUGCACAGUUCCUUUUGACUUACCUUAAUGAAGAAGAUGAAGAUGGUGAUCCAGAAAUUGAGGAAGUGAAAACUCGGAUGCUGAAGCGUGCGGUUUCCUUAGUUUCAAGUGGAUCUGAAGAAGAUAUAGAAGAAAUAAGCUGCAGGCGGAGAAGCAGUAAGGCCACAUCUUUGAAAAGCUCUAACAGUUUGGCCUCGAGAAAAACUCUUGAUGGACAGGCCAAGUUCAAGCUAAGCAAAUUGAUUCAAGAAGAAAAGAUGGAACAAGGAAAAGUAAAAUUAGAUAUCUUCUUAGAAUACAUGAGAUCCCUUGGCAUAAUCUGCUCCUGUAUCAUUAUCAUGUUAAUGAUGCUGAAUCAAGGGUCUUCAAUGUUUGCCAGCAUCUGGCUCAGUGAAUGGACUGAUGACCCAUUUCUAAAGAACCAUAGUAAUGUUCAGGAUGCUGAAUACACAAGAAAAAACUAUCUGUACCUUGGUAUAUAUGGUGUUAUGGGUGUUGUUCAAGCUAUUUUAGUAUUGUCUUAUAGUGUUAUGUAUGCAUAUAGCACAAUAAGAGCAGCAAGGAGUCUCCACAAACAAAUCCUGGAAACAAUAAUUCGUUGUCCAAUGUCCUUCUUUGACAUAACACCAAUUGGACGAAUACUAAAUCGUUUUUCAAGAGACAUUGAUGUUGUGGAUAACACUCUGGGUUUUGUGACUAGGCGAGUGUUGCAGAUUGCCUUCCAGACCAUUGGCACAAUAAUCAUUGUUGGUUACAGUACACCUGACUUUCUCAUUGUUGUCAUACCCGUUUUAAUUGUCUAUUAUUUCAUUCAGAGGUUUUAUAUUCCCACUUCCCGCCAAUUGAAAAGACUGGAAUCUACAACAAGAUCGCCAAUCUAUACUCACUUCAGUGAAACUGUUUCUGGUUGUUCUGUCAUACGUGCUUAUAAAGAAUGUCCAGAAUUCAUUUACAUUUCAAGAGCAUUGGUUGAACGAAACUUCAUUGUUGUCGCUGCUGCUUUAUUUGCUGUGUUGAAAAUUCAAACAAUAACUGGUGGCCUUGUUGGCUUAUCAGUCUCCUAUGCACUCCAAGUUACGAGUUCCCUUAAUAUGCUUGUUCGGAUGACAAGUGACUUUGAAACAAAUGUGGUAUCUGUGGAGCGGUUGAAAGAAUACACAGAAAUAACAAGAGAGGCUCCGUGGCACAUUCCUGACAAAAAACUGCCUCAGAGUUGGCCAAGUGAAGGAAAAAUUGAUUUUAUCAAUUACAAAACCAGAUAUAGAAAUGGUCUGGAUUUAGUCCUAAAGGGUAUAACUUGUUAUAUUAAAGCAUGUGAAAAGAUUGGAAUUGUAGGUCGUACAGGAGCAGGGAAAUCUUCACUGACUCUAUCGCUUUUCCGUAUUAUUGAAGCUGCUGAUGGUUUCAUACUUAUUGAUGGUUAUAACAUAGCUGACAUGGGACUCCAUGAUGUUCGAGGCAGUCUCACUAUUCUCCCACAGGAACCAUUGAUUUUCUCUGGAACACUUCGUCUCAACCUGGAUCCUUUUGAUAAACACACAGAUGAAGAAAUUUGGAAAGCUCUUGAAUUGGCUCAUUUGAGAUUAUUCAUUUCUAAUCUCCCAAAUAGACUUGACUUUGAAUGUGGUGAAGGAGGGCUGAAUUUCAGCAAAGUGUUGGUAUUAGAUGAAGCAACUGCUGCUGUGGAUAUGGAAACUGAUGAGCUUAUACAGAAGACAAUCAGAGAGGAAUUUACUGACUGUACCAUUUUAACCAUUGCUCACCGACUCAACACUGUGAUAGAUUAUGACAGAAUCAUGGUACUUGAUAAUGGGAUCAUAAAAGAAUUUGAUUCUCCUCAAAACCUCCUCAGCAAUAAACAACCAUUAACUAAUUUAUUUAUUGCUGAUUGUUCUCUCUCUUCUCCUGUCUCUCUCUCUCUCUUCUCCUGUCUCUCUCUCUCUCUUCUCCUGUCUCUCUCUCUCUCUUUCUCCUGUCUCUCUCUCCUGUCUCUCUCUCUCUCUUUCUCUGUCUCUCUCUUCUCCUGUCUCUCUCUUCUCCUGUCUCUCUCUUCUCCCUGUCUCUCUCUCUCUGUCUCCUGUCUCUCUCUCUCUGUCUCCUGUCUCUCUCUCUCUGUCUCCUGUCUCUCUCUCUCUGUCUCCUGUCUCUCUCUCUCUCUCUCCUGUCUCUCUCUCUCUCUCUGUCUCUGUCUCUCUCUCUCUCUGUCUCUCUCUCUCUCUUCUCUCUGUCUCUCUCUCUCUCUUCUCUCUCUCUGUCUCUCUCUCUGUCUCUCUCUCUCUCUCUGUCUCCUGUCUCUCUCUCUCUGUCUCUCUCUGUCUUUCUCUCUCUCUCUCUCUCUCUCUCUCUCUCUGUCUCUGUCUCUCUCUCUCUCUCUCUGUCUCUCUCUCUCCUGUCUCUCUCUCUCUCUGUCUCUCUCUCUCUCUCUGUCUCCUGUCUCUCUCUGUCUCCCUCUCUCUCUCUCUCUCUCUCUCUCUCUCUCUGUCUCCUCUCUCCCUCUCUCUCUGUCUCUCUCUCUGUCUCUCUCUCUCUCUCUCUCUGUCUCUCUGUCUCUCUCUCUUUCUCCUGUCUCUCUCUUUGUCUCUCUCUGUCUCUCUCUCUCUCCUGUCUCUCUCUCUCUGUCUUUCUCUCUCUCUCUUUCUCCUGUCUCUCUCUCUUUCUCCUGUCUCUCUCUCUCUCUCCUGUCUCUCUCUCUCUUUCUCCUGUCUCUCUCUCUCUCUUUCUCCUGUCUCUCUCUCUCUCUCUCUCUGUCUCUGUCUCUCUCUCUCUGUCUCUCUCUCUCUCUUUGUCUCUCUCUCUGUCUCCUGUCUCUCUCUCUCUGUCUCUGUCUCUCUCUCUCUCUCUCUCUCUCUCUGUCUCUCUCUCUCUCUUUCUCCCUCUCUCUCUCUCUGUCUCCUGUCUCUCUCUCUGUCUCCUGUCUCUCUCUCUGUCUCCUGUCUCUCUCUCUGUCUCCCUGUCUCUCUCUCUCUGUCUCCCUGUCUCUCUCUCUCUCCUCUGUCUUGUCUCUCCUGUCUCUCUCUCUCUCUCUCUCUCUCUCUGUCUCCCUGUCUCUCUCUCUCUGUCUCUCCCUGUCUCUCUCUCUCUCUUCUCCCUGUCUCUCUCUCUGUCUCCGUCUCUCUCUGUCUCUCUCUGUCUCUCUCUCUCUCUUUCUCCUGUCUCUCUCUCUCUGUCUUUCUCCUCCUCUCUUUCUCCUCUGUCUCUCUCUCUCUCUCUCUGUCUCCUGUCUCUCUCUCUCUUUCUCUCCUGUCUCUCUUUUCUCCUUCCCCUUCUCUCCUGUCUCUCUCUCUCUCUUCUCCUGUCUCUCUCUUUCUCCUUCUCCUCUCCUCUCUCCAGCAUAA